AUGUCAUCCCAUGAUGCAAACAUUGACCCGAAUGAGAUGCCUUCCCCGCUUUCCUUCGUGGGACUAAUGGCACUGGAGCGACUGGACGAUAAGGAGUCCCACACCAAUCCCAACGAGCUUGAGAAGCUUGAGCAUUUCCGAUCUCUAUCUGCCCCUUAUCCUCCCGGUGAGGGUAACCGAGCCUUUGGGGGGCACGCAUAUGCCCAAUCUGCCUAUGCGGCAUCAAAGACAGUCGAGAAGGGAUUUGUGAUUUAUGAUAUGGCCGGCUCAUUUAUUCUUGGUGGCCGGCUGGAUGUCCCGUACACAUAUACGGUUCGACAUGUACGGGAUGGAUUCAUGUAUUGCACGCGCUCUGUUGAUGCCCGGCAAGACGGCCGAAUUUGCUUUUCAUGCCUUUGCUCAUUUAAGCGUGACGAGGGAGAGAAAACUUUCAGCCACCAACCCCCAGCGGUUCAAGAACGCUUCAAAGAUAUCCUUUCCGCCAAGCGGCCCGAAGACCAAUCUGUCAGCCCUAGCAUUGAUGCAGACUGGUGGAUUAAGGGUCUCCAGCAGGGCGAUAUCACCGAGCGAGAGUUUCCUGGACUCGACGUGCGCAAGACCGAUAUGCAGGGUUUCAAUGAAAGCAAGGAAAUAAAAGCAAGUCCGGAGAAAUAUCGCCAAUUGUCACAGUACCGCCUUAAGGGAUCACCGGAUGCAGAUCCCACCGCAACACUUGCACAGAUCAAGGAGAGAGAGGAAGCUGGAGAAUAUGACAAUCUUUAUAUUUGUGCACACAUGUACUCCAGUGACAGGAACUCUCUCCUGCUGAUCCCACGUGCUUUGAGUCUUGAACGUUGGACGGCCAUGUCCAGUCUCACUUUGAUGGUGGUUAUCCAUCGUCAUGGCGAAGCAUUACGAAUGAUUGAUUGGGAUUCAGUUUCCAAGAGUGGUGAUUCGGAAAUAAUCAUGAAGUGGUUUAUUCAGGAAGGGUGGACACCUCAAUCGGCGGAGAACAGAGCCGUGCACGAAAGCAACUUAUGGGGUCCAGAUGGCACAUUAAUUGGGACUUCGAUGCAGGAUAGCAUGCUUCGACUGCAGAGCCCUCGGCGCAAGGGUAAAUUAUGA